AUGAUCUAUCGUAAUCCCUGCCUGGUAAUCCCCGCCUGGAAGUCCCUGCCUGGUAGUCACUGCCUGGUAGUCCCUACUUGGUGGUCGCCGUCUGGAUGUCCCCGCCUGGUAAUCCCAUCCUGGAAGUCCUCACCUGGUUUAAUUGGGUUUUUUUUUCUGACUAUCUUCGCUUCCCUCUUUGUUUUUCAACUACUCUCUUCCUCACUCUCUCACAUUUCCUUUCACUCUUUCGUAUCUACCUAUCCUUCUUCCUCCCUUUCUUCUUCUGAUUAUUUCUUUCUAUAUCUCCUCUUACCUUUCCUUUUUACGUUACUCUCUUUCCAUCUUUCCUUUCCUUUCACUCUUUCCUCCCUUUCUUUCUUUUCUCCUUCUUGCCAUCUUUCUCCUUCCUACUCUCUUUCUUUUUCUUCUUUUUCAACCAAUCUCUCCUUUGCUCUCCUCCCCGUUUCCCCCUCUCUCUCUCUCAACCUUUCUCCAUCAAUUCUCCCCUCCCCCUGUCUAACAUUUUUCUCCUUCUCUUCUCCCUCCGUCUUCCCCUUUCUUCUGCGGCUUAUUAGUGGACAUCAUAUCCUCUUUCCUUGUCAGUUUCGUUAUUUUUUCCAUCUCUCCUCUCACUUCAACUUUCUUACUCUCCUACUUCUUCACACACCUUUCCCUUUCCGAUCUACCUCUCUCUGUUUCUUUCAUUUAUUUCUCCUCUCUUUUUCUUUCUCGUCCUCUUUCUUAUUCCCACUCUCUUCACUUUCCUAUCUACCUCUCUCUGCUUCUUUCAUUUUCCAUCUCUCUCUCUCUAACCCUUUUUCUUCUUUCCACUCUCUCUGCUGUUUUCAUUUUCCACACUCUCUUCCCUUCUCUAUCUACUCCCCCCUGUUUGUAUCAGUUUCCCCCUCUUCCUUCUUCUUUCCCACCUGGCUUAUUUCUACUCUUUUCCCUUCUCUAUCUACUCCUCUCUGUUUCUAUCAUUUCCCCUAUCCCUUCCUCUUACUCUCCAUCUUUCUUUCUACUCUCUUCCCUUUUAUAUCUACUCCUCUUUGUUUCUAUCAUUUCCCACUCUCCCUUCUUCUUUCUCACCCUCCUCCUUUCUACUCUCUUUCUUUCUCUAUCUCCUUCUCUCUGUUUCUAUCAUUACCCCCUCUCCCUUCUUUCCCACCCUCCUUCUUUCUACUAGCUUUCUUUCUCUAUCUACUCCUCUCUGUUUCUAUCAUUUCCCACUCUCUCUUCUUUCUCACCCUCCUCCUUUCUACUCUCUUUCUUUCUCUGUCUCCUUCUCUCUGUUUCUAUCACUUCCCCCUCUUCCUUCUUUAUCACCCUCCUUUCUACUCUCUUCCCUUCUCUAUCUACUCACUGUUUCUAUCAUAUGCCUCCUCUCUCUCAAACUCCUUCUUCUCGAUUGAUCUUUAUUCCACUUCCAUUUUCUCCUUAUUAUACCCUUUCUUUCUUUAUCUCCUUUCUCUCUCGUUACCUCCCGUUUAUCUUUUUUCUCCUUAUAUUCAUUCUUUCUUUCUUUUAGCCCUUUUUUUCUCACCUUAUUAUACCCCCUCCUUCCUUUUUUCUUCUCUCUCCUCUCAUUCCUUACCUUCUUUUUACACUUUCUCUUGUCUUCUUAUAUCUGAUCUUUCUUUCUUUCCUUAUCGCCUCUCUCUUACUCUUUUCCUCUCUCUUUUUAUGCCUUCUCCUCUCGUUGCUAUGACCGACUAA